AUGCCAAUAUUUACUUUGGAAGGAGCACGGUACGCUGCGUGGGACGAGGCCGCGCAGCGUAAGCUAAAGACAUAUAGCCUGUCAGAAUGCAACAGUAAUUUGCAGCUAGCUCGUAGCAGCAGGACGACCAAUUCUAAACAAGCUAAAGGUCAACAGGAGACACAUACCCAGAGCCAGCCAUCUACAGCACCUGAUGCAACCCAAGAACUCCGAAAGCAGGCGACCAGUAAGCGCGACAUGGCCCUAGGUCCAGUCGGUGGCUUCGAUGUGCUGAGCAAACAUUGGGAAAGCUAUCUGAGAGAGCUAACGCCUGUCCAGUCCGAUCGAAGAGUAACGGAAUUUACGUCUCUAUUUUCUCACAUGUCCCAUCACAAGUGGAAUGCCACUAGGCUGUUCAUAGGCUCAUGCAUGCACAGCUUACUCUCUGGGUAUACAGUGGUAACAUCUGGACUCUACGAAGAUAAAGUGCUGGUAGAAUCACUAACUACACUGCUGCGGAGCAACGCAUUAAACAAGCUGAGCCAUCUAGCUCUUAACACUUCAGAGGUUGAAGCCAAGCAGGAAGAGUUUUGUGCAGAACUUGAGAAGACCGGUGUGCGUCUCUCUACAUGUGAUGAAUUACCCUAUACUAUUAAGGAAUCAACACUGGAAAGUGACCUACCCUACCCUAUAGAUUCCGCUUACAACCCUAUCGCCGGCAUUACAGCGAGCGGGAUAGACCCAGAUGCCCAUCAAGUAAGAAAGUUGCUAGAAAGCCAGGGCCUAGCCGACACAGGGGUCACAGAGGAGUACCGGUUCACUACUGUAGACGAGCUGAAUAAAAAGAACCACCAACCUUCAAUUGUGGUCACUAUUAAUUUGGGUACAGGUGCAAGUUUGGUGUCGUCACUUGUAGGCCUUCUGAUGACUCUCUUCAGAACAAAACAUUACCAAAAGGAAUUAGCAGAACGACUACGCCUGUUCAGACAACUAGAAGGCGUGUUUCUACUUCCUUGUGCAAGCCAUUCAGCUUUGCAGAACAUUUGGCAGCAUUUGCAGGUGCUCGCCAUAGAGUUUAUAGCACAGUAUCUUCACCUCCACAACCUCAACGUCUCUGACCUCCUACAAAGAGAAAACGACGUCACUGACUUUCAAAGUGAUAAGGCAAAAACCUUUGAAUCAAUACAAAUUUUAUGCUUAAUAGAAUUUUUACCAUUAAUUCUAUCGAAGAAAACUAUUAAAGAGAAGAUCGGCGAGCUGACAAGUGUGCUUCCAUGCGUGAAGCUGCCCAGGCACGUGCACAUCCAGCUAGAUUGCUCUGGACUCUCAACGCAGACACUCGUGACCAGCACCAAGCAGCCAAGCCUGACCUCGCUGCUAACAUUGAUGUUAGCGAUUCCUCAAGUGACCGUGUCCAUCAAGCAAUCGUCACUGAGCAGGCUCCGUGUCUUAUCACCAGCUGAUCACAGUAAGUUCCGCAUCAAGUACAUACGGGCCUUAUCCCUCUAUGACACGUACAGCAGUACUAUUGCAGAGCUAAAUGAAAGGGUGAGAAACACCAUAGCGUCCAUGAAUGAGAACUCUCUCAUCCAGAAAGCGAUAAAGGAGAAAACUAUGAGUGGCGAACUUCAAAACGAGUCCUUGUUUCGAGCGUUGGACCUGGAGGGAGACAGUCCCAAAAAUGUCACUGAUAGGAAUGUCGCUCAGAUAGGAAUAAUAUUGAACCAUCUAAGUGUCAAAUCAAAGGCUAGGAUCGCUCUGCGCCAUCUCUUGGAGUUGCAGGAACAGAAGAUGAAGAUAAACGGGCAUACUCUGAAGUCAACUGAGCUAGCGACGGACAAUGACAGCGUGUGCAUAGAAGAAUUGAAGGAAAGCUUGCUAGAUACAACUCAAAGCAAAGCCGCCAUUAUCUUGGCCGGCCAGACACUCGAGAGCAUACUGGCAAUAUUCAUUGACACCGAGUCUGUCCUGGACGGAGGAAUCAAGAAACCUGGCUCAGGCACCAAGGCACCCAAGGCACGGAUGGAAAGCCCCUUGAGACGAACUCAAGAUUGCGACAUAGUGGGCCUAUACGUGGUGUGCACAUACACAGGGAUAAUUACACUUUUGGACAUGAUGGAUGCGCAGAAUUGA